AUGGCUGAGAUCUCACAUCUCAAGAUGAGGCUAGCACAGGCAGACAAAGACAGGAGGGAGUUGGAUGAAAGAUGUCGGAUAGUACAGAGACAGGUGGCUGAACUGGAAGCAAAGCUACUGAUGAAGGAUGCCGAGAAUUCUGAGCUGAGAUUGAGGUUGGGCAGGAAUGGAACUCUGCUCAUGGAUUCAGGAGAUACAGAAGUUGAGAAAUUAAAAAGAGCUGUAGAUACCUUAAUGCUGGCUAAUGAAGAAAAGGAACGCAAACUGGAAGAUAUGAGGAGGUUGUUAAAGAGGUACAGGAAGGUAGAGGAGAUCCUCAUACAAGCUCAGGGAAGACAAGCUGUAGAAGAACUCCUCAUGAAUGCAGAAGAGGCAGACAGGAGCUCCAAUAGUUCAUCCACAACACCAUCUGUGGGUGACCAGGCAUGCAGGGAUCUGCUGCACCAUCACUCUGAUGAGAGGCCUGAUGGCAGGCACUACCUGUCGUCUCCCACAAGCCCCAGCACCCGAACACAUCCAAUGAGCAACACUCUCAAUGGAGGUACAGCAGUGUCCUCUAUACCUGCAAACUCCAGGCAAGCAAUGGGCAUGACCAGGUCUAAUAGUUGUGAGAAUAUGGCUCCAGGAAGCAAGUGCAAGACUUCAUCGUUCAGAAAGAAAGGUGGGAAACCCACAGACGGACCAGGCAGGGCAGUUGGUAGUUAUGGUACGUUACCCAAACAUCGUGUUAGAGAAGAUGCUACUGAGGCAAAAAGAGCCCGUGGGUUUCAUGGCCUGGGGAAAACACUGCUGCGCAUUAGGUCAGGAAAACGCAGCAGCUCUGCACCAAAUCUAGCUAACACAGAAGUAGUAACAGACGACGAGGAUAGAGAUCACAAUUCCGGUUAUGGUCAUGGAGAGUAUAAGAAAAAACAUGGCCUGCGCAGGCUGUUUGGUCGUCUGAAACGCAGCAGCUCACAGGAUAUCAAUGGCAGUCAUGAGAGAGGAGGGGAUGGGGAGUUCCGAAGGGGUGGCAUUCGAGCCACGGCUUCAGCCCGUCUGGCAUGGAGCAGAGAUUUGAAAGGACGAAUCAUGAAUACAGAGGUGCCAUUUGCCCGAUGGGAUACAGACAGGAUCACUGCCUGGAUGAAUGACAUAGGUCUCAACAUGUAUUUGGUGGAGUGCAAACGAUGGGUGAAGAAUGGAGAACAGCUGCUGCGGUGUACGCAACAUGAUUUGGAAAAGGAACUAGGCAUCAAGAACGGCCUUCAUCGCAAGAAACUCCAGCUGGCCAUGCAAGCCAUGGCAUCACAUGGCGCGGACAGUCUGAUAGAGCUGGACCAUAAUUUUGUGGCAAAAUGGCUGGAUGAUAUAGGACUGCCACAGUACAAAGAUUCCUUCUAUGAUGCCAGAGUGGAUGGAAGGAUGCUCAACUACCUGACAGUGGAAGACCUCAUCUCCUUAAAAGUCUCCAAUGAAGUCCAUCAUGUGUCUAUAAAACGAGGUAUUCAAAUUUUGCGAUUGAACAAUUUUAAUCCGAACUGCUUGCGGAGAAGGCCUACUCCUGAUGAGCAACCACCCAUGAAAGGUAUACCAGGAGAGGUUGUCUUGUGGACCAAUCACAGAGUCAUGGAGUGGCUGCGGACCAUUGAUCUGUCAGAAUAUGCUCCAAACUUACGGGGCAGCGGGGUCCAUGGUGCCCUCAUGGUUUUAGAGCCUCGCUUCAACUCAGAGCUGUUUGCCGUCCUGCUGUCCAUCCCUCCGAGUAAAACCUUGUUGCGGAGGCACCUCAACACUCACUUCAUCAGCCUGAUUGGUCCGGAGACACAGACCAGGAAGAGGGAGCAUGAGUCUCAGCCAGGAUAUGUGCCACUGCUGCCCAGUAGCAAAGUCAAGAAAGGAAAGUUUGGUCUCUUUGGCCACAAAAGGACAAAGUCAGACACCGAGACUGAGUCUUUCAUUUGUCCUCUUGAAUUAAAUGGACAGUAUUCCAAUGGAAAGCCAGAUGACAAGGCUGCUAAACAGAUUGGAGCAUACUCACAGGAGAUCAACACAUUAACA